AUGGCAUCUUCAUCUCAUUACCAUUACCACAAUAAUGAUGACAAUGAUGAUGAAUUUGAAUCAGUCUUUGAAGAUUUAUUAGAAAUCCCUGAUACUAUUCUGGAACCGAAAGAGCGGAAAAAACGUAUAUUUAUCGAGAGAGACCGGGAAGAAGGCCAUCGAAAGCUCUGGAAUGAUUAUUUUUCGGAAACUCCAACAUAUCCGCCCAAUAUAUUCCGGCGACGGUUUCGAAUGAGUAAGCCGUUGUUCAUGCGCAUUGUCCACCGUCUCUCUACGGAAGUUCACUAUUUUGCUCCUACACAAGAUGCACUUGGAAGGUCAAGUCUAUCACCGAUCCAAAAAUGCACGGCCGCAAUUCGUCAAUUAGCAUAUGGUGGUGGGGCCGAUACGGUAGACGAAUAUGUUCGACUUGGUGAAACAACAGCGCGGAAUUGCUUGCACCAAUUUACUGCCGCAAUUAUCGACUUGUUUGGCGAUGAAUACCUAAGACGUCCAACACCGGAGGAUCUUGAAAGACUACUACAUAAGGGAGAACAACGUGGAUUUCCCGGGAUGAUUGGAAGCAUCGACUGUAUGCACUGGGAGUGGAAGAAUUGCCCCACCGCUUGGCAUGGUAUGUAUUCACGAGGAACCGAUAAACCAACGAUUGUCCUCGAGGCCGUAGCUUCUUAUGACCUCUGGAUAUGGCAUGCAUUUUUUGGAGCUCCAGGUACUAUGAACGAUCUAAAUAUUCUUGAUCGAUCACCUGUUUUUGAUGACAUUAUUAACGGAGUUGCUCCGGAAGUCAACUUCCAUGUUAACGGAAGGGAGUACAAUUUGGCCUACUAUCUCACUGAUGGUAUUUAUCCAGAAUGGGCGACAUUUAUUCGAUCUAUCCGACUACCACAGGGUCCAAAACAUUCCCUAUUUGCUACAGCCCAAGAAUCAGUCCGAAAAGACGUUGAGCGUGCCUUUGGAGUCCUACAAGCUAGAUUCGCCGUUAUUAAAAAUCCAUCUAGUUUAUGGAAAAAAUCGAAGAUAGCCAAUAUUAUGAGAGCAUGUAUCAUACUCCAUAAUAUGAUUGUCGAAGAUGAACGACGUACAGACGAUCAAGAUGAGACGUUUCAAGAUCAGGAUGUUUCAUUUUGCGUUAAGAUGCCUACAGAGAUUUUUAGUUCACUUGAUCGUCGAGCAAGAGUUCGGGAUAGACCAGUCCAUCAACAAUUGAAACAUGAUUUGAUCGAACAUAUAUGGGAUAAAUUUGGACCUUAA